GAAAAUUUAUUAACAUGUGCAGUUAUAUUUUACGAUAAAACGAUGCACACGAUAACUAAUUAUUAUUUAUUAAAUUUAGCAACAUCUGAUAUCAUAACAACUCUCGCUGUGUUGAUGGGUGCUGCUGAUUCUUUUGAAUAUGCAACUUGGUCGUGUAAAAUACACUAUUUAUUUAUAAUAGUAUUAUGGAACAAUACUAUAUUAACUCUGACUAUGUUGUCGAUCGAACGGUUCGUGGCUAUUUGGUAUCCUUUGCAAUUCCAAUCAACUUCUGAUUGGCGAAGAGUGUUGAAAGUGAUUAUAGUUAUAUGGGUUAUGGCAUUAUUGGAGACGAUACCGGAAUUUUGGACUUUAAAGUCGUUAAAGGCGAAUAAAACAUUAUUCUGUUCGACUGUUCCGACUCCUUUAGCAAGGAUUAUUAAUGGUGUACUGGCUCUAGUGACUUUUGUAAUACCAAUGAUCAUCAUGUCCUACGUUUAUUUUAUGAUAGCAUUCAAAGUAAAUGUAACUCAGAAGCGUUAUUCCAACAACAAGAUAUUCAAUCAUCAGGACCACAGAAAGAAAGUGAAUCAACUGGUUGUAGCGUUGGCUCUCUCGUUCCUGUUGUGUUGGUCGCCGUUCUUCACGAUGCGAAUGCUAAUCUUCCUUAUGGAGAUGAAACAGCUGAUGGCUUUCGUAAAGUGGUGGCUGAUCGACGAAAAGGUUAUGUUUGUCACUGGAUUCUUCAGCGUCGUUCUGCAUCCGAUACUCUUCAGUUUGAUUUCUACCAAAUUUAGAGAAUCUCUUAAGAGACUAUGGAUAACCAAGAUCAGAAGACGUGAAAUUAACGUCACUAUGGUUUGAGAAACUUGAAGCCCUAAUGAU